CUCCCAUACCGUGGUUGCGUCUUAAAUUGCAAGCUAGAGUUCAAGCGCGCUUCUGAUUCUCUCUCAGUUUCGCAAUCUCAUCAAUCAUUUCUUUUCAUUAAACCUAUUCCAUUCUCGCCCUCUCUUCUCCAUUCAAAUUCAGGAAGGAUUUGGCGGACAGAGAGAGCGAGAGCGAGAGAGAGAUGAUGAUGUCGGGUGUUCGCACGAACAUUUCCAUGUUCUCAAGCCCGUCGUCAUGGUUCCGAAACAAGAAGCUUCCGAGGAUUGAGCCCGGCGGAGGAGAAGAAGGUGAAUGCGUGGCAAAAAACCAUGCGUGGGUCGAUUCAAUGAGAGAUUCUUCUCCAACUCGCGUCAAGUUUCCGGGGACCGGAGAACAUAAUUCCUGGAAUAUUCAUCAUCCUUCGGCGUUGAAGAUGUUCGACCUGAUAACGAAUGCCGCGAAGGGGAAGGAGAUAGUAAUUUUCCUUGAUUACGACGGCACCCUCUCACCAAUUGUUGAGGACCCCGAUCGAGCUUUCAUGUCUAGUCAGAUGAAAGAAGCUGUCAAGGAAGCAGCAAGGUAUUUUCCAACAGCAAUAAUAAGCGGGAGAAGCAGGGACAAGGUAUACGACUUUGUGAAGCUACCGGGGCUGUACUAUGCAGGAAGCCAUGGGAUGGAUAUAAGAGGACCUUCCAAAAAUCAACUCAAAAGCAAGAAAGAUGAUGAAGGUGUCCUUUUCCAACCCGCAAGUGAAUUUUUGCCCAUGAUCAAUGAGGUGUAUAGAACUCUGUUAAAUAGAACAAAAUCAAUUCCUGAUGCUAAAGUGGAGAACAACAAAUUUUGUUUGUCCGUUCACUACCGCAACGUUGAUGAAAAGAGGUGGGCUGCAUUAGCUGAGCAAGUAAGAUCAGUUCUCAGCGAGUACCCAAAGCUCAAACUCACUCAAGGAAGAAAGGUGCUCGAAAUUCGCCCGAUUAUCAACUGGGACAAGGGGAAGGCUCUUGAAUACUUGCUAGAGUCGCUAGGAUAUGCUCAUGAUAGCAACGUCCUACCCAUCUAUAUCGGAGACGAUCGGACGGACGAAGAUGCGUUUAAGGUUUUACGUGACAGAGGACGAGGAAUUGGAAUCCUCGUCUCGAAAGUAGCAAAAGAAACACGUGCCUCUUAUUCUUUGCAAGACCCGCCGGAGGUGAUGAGCUUUUUGAUGCGCCUGGUGGAGUGGAAACGGCAAACGAGCCGAGCACAUCAUGUGCUGUAAGCAGCAGAG